CUCUGACGUCACGCAGCCGCCAGGCAGAGGUGCCCUUUGUGGCGGCGCGUCCCGCUCCCGGUGUGCGGUGCGCAGCGGCGGCCAGCCGCCUCCUCGCCGUGGAGCCCUCUCUUCUCGGGGCCCCGUGCAGCGCAGCGCGGUUCCCCCCCGAAGGCACUCUUCUCCCAGCGCUGUCGGGAUCUGCUCCUCGCGGGAUCGCCCCUUAUGGGCGGGCGUGGAAUGCUUUGGGCCCGGAGUCCCACCCCGCUGCGGGGCGUGGGCUCCGCGUCACGGCCUGGCCCCGCAGAGCUCCGCUCCGCGCUGCACAGGCGCUCCCUGGGCUGUGGUUGCCUAGCUGCUGGUGGACUUAAACAAUAAGAGAUUGAAAAAAAAACUCAAGCAAUGGCAACAAUCAAGGGGGUCUCAAGUUUCAAUGCUGAGCAAGAAGCACAGGCGCUCAGGAAGGCCAUGAAGGGCUUUGGCACAGAUGAAGAUGCCAUCAUCGACAUCUUGACCAAGCUAAAUGUUUCCCAACGUCAGCAAGUUCUGAUCACUUAUAAGAGCACUAUUGGCAGGGAUUUGAUUGAUGACUUGAAGUCGGAGCUGAGUGGGAAUUUUGAAAGGGUAAUCAUUGGGAUGAUGACUCCCACCAUCAUGUAUGACGUGCACGAACUAAGGAGAGCUGUGAAGGGUGCAGGAACAGAUGAAGGUUGCCUGAUUGAAAUUUUGGCUUCUCGCACCAAUGAAGAGAUUCGUCGCAUUAAUGAGAACUACAAACUUCAAUAUGGCUGCUCCCUUGAGGAUGACAUCGUAUCUGACACAUCUUCCAUGUUUCGAAGGGUUCUCGUGUCUCUCGCAACGGGAAACAGAGAGGAGGGAACAUAUGUGGAUCAUGCUCUUGCUCAGCAAGAUGCUCAGUGCCUGUACGAAGCAGGGGAGAAGAAAUGGGGAACAGAUGAGGUGCAGUUUAUGUCCAUCCUCUGUACACGGAACAGGAAUCACCUACUGAGAGUUUUUGAUGUCUACAGAGGCAUUGCUAAUAAGGACAUAACAGACAGCAUUAAAUCUGAGAUGUCAGGAGACCUGGAAGAUGCUCUGCUAGCUGUGGUAAAGUGCAUGCGAAACAAGCCUGCGUACUUUGCUGAAAGACUGUAUAAAUCCAUGAAGGGCCUGGGAACAGAUGACAACACGUUGAUCAGAGUGAUGGUGUCCCGCUCAGAAAUAGAUAUGCUGGAUAUCAGAAGAGAAUUCCUGACCAUGUAUGGAAAGUCUCUCUACUCCUUCAUUAAGGGAGACUGCUCAGGAGACUACAGGAAAGUUCUUCUGAAACUCUGUGGCGGUGAGGAUUAGAGGAUGCCUGCUGUAUUUCCUGUGCUAUGGGAAGGAGGGGAUCAUAAGGAUUUCUCUCAGUUGUUUUUUUUUUUUUCUCCAAAUAGCUCAUUAAUUGCUAUGAGUAGUGACUUUGAUUAAUUAAUGCUCUUAUUGGGUAAUGGCAGUUCCAUUUUACCCUUAACUUUUGCAUUUUUGCUUGCAACACCCCCUUUGUAUACUAAUUGAGCUAGUAAAGCCUCAUUUAAACAGUAUGUUUUAGCCAAAUCUAUGCAAACUUUAUUAUUUCCUUGCAAGCUGUCCCUCUGCCUUUGCAUUUACCAGUAAAUCCUGUCAAAUGAAGAAAAUUCGGAUGCAGAAUGUAGGAAUUGGCAGAGGGAAAAAUUGACUUUGUCAUUAUAUGGAGAGAAUGCAGGCUUGCUUCAGCUUUUGGAAGAUAAUUCACCCAUCCUCCAAAAAAAUCAUCUAAAAUAGAAUCAGAUCUGAUGUCAUAGAAUCAUUUAGGUUGGAAAAGACCUCUAAGAUCACAAAGUCCAAUCCCAACCCACCCCCACCAUGCCCACUAGCCAUGUCGCUCAGUGCCACAUCUCCACGGUCCUUGUAAAGCUCCAACUUGUCAGCUUGCUCUCUGAGUGUGGAGCAUGAACAGCCUUGCUGUGCUUUGUGUGCUGCCUAUCGAUCCGGAGGUGGGGAAGCUGCCCCUGGUGACUGCAGAAGGAACUCGAGCUGUGCUAUGCCUGGUUACAGGUCAGCCUUAUCUUGGUCUGUCUGACUUGACUAGUGGGAGUGUAAACCAUCAGGCUUGUAUGUCAAGUCUUUGCUCUCCCAUCAAUUGCUGUCAUUGGAACGGUACCUAUGAGGGAAUGACCUGUCCAUAAAGCGCAUCUCCUCAGCGCUGCCUGCUGCCUCGCACUGAGCUGCCUGGUUCUGGGGUCACACACCAAAUCGUGCCAGCACUGCCUGCUGGGACUGCUGGAUAACACUGCGGUUAGAAACUCUGGUUUUGGUGCCUUUGUGUGAUGUGAAAUUCCCUACCAAGCUCCGAAAUAAAUUUUUCUCCUAAGCCCUACA